AUAUUAUAUUGAUAGUGGUCCAAUACUGCCAGCUCUAACAAAGUUGAGCGACAUGUUCUCAACAAACAACUCAUGCGACCCUCACCAUAUUCAAAUCCCAUAUAAUGAUCACACUUUUCCCUCAUAACCCUGCAGAUCGAGAGAAGAUAACAGAGGGAGAAAAAAAGGAAAUGGGAGUUAAAAGAGAUCGAACCUUGUUAGUAUUGUUGUUGUGCCUUCAAUCAAGCCUUUGGCUUGGUACCGCACUAGGCGAAGGCUACACAUGGAACAUAUUGGACUACUUCGGCCGCAGAAGAGAUGGCCUGGGCAUGAGCCUGAAGAACUACUGUGAGAGCUGGAAGCUCAAUGUGGAGCUCCACAACGUCAGAGACUUCGACGAGGUCCCCGCAGAAUGUGUAGAUAUCAUAAGCAAGUACUUGAGCUCCUCUCAGUUCAAGGCUGAUGUGCAGAGAGUCGCCGACGAGUCUACAUUGUUCCUGACGGAGGCGUUCGCCCUGGGAGGUGAUGGCAAGGACGCCUGGAUAUUUGAUGUCGACGACACGCUUCUCUCCAAUGUGCCUUAUUACAAGAAGAUCAACUUUGGAUUCGACCCGUGCAGUUCGUUGGAGGCGAAUAGAACUUCGUUGGAGAAAUGGAUGGAUGAACGCAAAGCCCCCGCUGUUGAGCAUAUGCGUGAUCUCUAUCAUGAGAUCAGGGGCCGAGGGCUGAAGAUCUUCAUCAUCUCCUCGAGGAAGGAGCACCUUCGAGAUGCCACGGUCAAUAACCUUGUUAAGGCUGGGUACCGAGGUUGGACUGAGCUCAUCCUAAGGUGUGACAAAGAUGGGUACGAUGGGGUGAAAAAGUUCAAGGCAGAACAAAGGAAGAGAUUGGUCAGCAAAGGGUAUCGGCUAUGGGGGGUCGUUGGAGAUCAAUGGAGCAGCCUUGGAGGCCACCCCCAUGCCAGAAGAACUUUCAAGAUCCCCAACCCUAUGUACUACGUCGCUUAAGCGUAUCAAUUUUCGUAGUUUCUUGUAUUGUGCAUUCUAUCAAUGAAAUCAAAUUCAAGCUGCA